CAUAGAGAGACAGUGUGAAUAUCAGACACAUGGGUGUGUUUGUGUGUGUGUGUGUGUGUGGGGGGGGUGUAGAAUGUGCUGCUGCUGACCAUUUGGAAACAUCUCAUGGGGCCCCAUGGAAACAUCUCAGGGCGGACUGACCAUUUGGAAACUUGGGCACUGCCCGAGGGCCCGGGGUCAGUAGGGGGCCCCAUGAGAUGCCCCUGGUACCUUUUUCAUAGGCUUUUUUGAGUUUGGGCAAGGACACAGGGGCCCCAUGAUCCCCUAUUGCCCGGGGGCCCCAUGA